UAUCAGAUUUUUUCUUACAGUAGUUUCAAGUAGUAAUGUUGAAUGGAAAACAACGGAUGAUGCACGGAGACAUUGUGUAGUAGCAGAAAUGUAAUAUAUGCUUUGUAAAUUUUUCAGAAAGUAAUAUUUCAACUUUAUAUACAUUAUAUACAUUAUAUAUAUCUCUUGAUGUAAAAGACAUAACUUGAGACAUAAUUAAUAUAGAUUACAUAAAUUAGAAUAAUUUAAAGCUAUUUUAUGUUAUAAGAUAUAAGAUGAGUAUACGAUGCCAUCAGUUACAUUAUUGAACCAUUUUUUAUUAUAAAAUGUUACCAGCUUUUUAUCACAUAAUUUAAUUUAGAAUAAAAAAAAUUAAUUAAUUUUUAACUAUUUAUGUUUAUAUUUAUUAUUUAUAUUAAUUUAUGUGUACAUAUAUAUUAAUGUUAAAAAUAUAUAAGUGCAAAGGAUAAUAAGACAACAGUAGACGAUCAAAAUGCUCGAAGUUGUUUGUUUGUGAAUGACAUGUCUUUCUCAUAGCAACCUGCUUCUAAAUUAUACAUGUCUAAAUCUCCGAAUAAUUAAUAAUCAACUAAUUUAUUGAUUUAACACCACACAACCAAUAAAAUGCUGUCAAGAUUUAGAGUAUCAUCUUGGAAAUUGCAGCGAUUUUUCACAAGGUACGGAUGAAUCAUAUCAAGUGUCAAAUAAGAGUUUACAAAGUUUUUAAAAAUUUUCGUAUUUUUUCAUCUUACUAAUUAAUAAUGUAUUUACUAAUAAGAUUAAUUGUGAGUACCCGCAAUCAAAAAAUAUUAAUUAAAUGCUUAGAAGAUUUUGCGCUUUGCAGAUUGUUUUCAUCAAAUAAAGGUGGAGAAAGUAAAAAGGAUAUACCGGAAUGUAUGAAACUGAGAAAAUUCGAAACGUACCAGAUGGAUCCAUGUAUGAUAGAUCCAUGCAAAGAAGAACCAGCAGUUGUGAUCGUAGGGGCUGGCAUGGCCGGGUUAUCGGCAGCACAUCGAUUAACUCAAUGCGGUUUCCGUAAUUUUACGGUUUUAGAAGCGACAGAUAGACCGGGUGGACGAAUUCACUCUUGCUGGCUAGGCGACGUUGUAGCGGAAAUGGGUGCAACGUGGAUCGAGGGUGGGAGUGUGGCGAACCCGGUGUUCACUCUGGCGGCACAAGAGGGUUUGCUGAAGACACCGCUUUUCAGGCCAGAUCCCAGUCGCGGGCUUUUUUGCACCAGCGACGGUAGGGCCAUCGAUCUCCCGGUUAGCAUCGCGGCGUAUCACACCUUUCGGCAAAUCGAGCAGCAGGCGGCGGCUCUCUUCGCCCUUGGUUGCGGCCGUACUCACGGUACGUUGCUGAAUUUUAUGGGCAUCAGAAUUCAGCAAGAACUCCACAACUUUCCGGAGGAGCAACGAUAUGAUGCCGCCAGGGUGAUGUACGGUAUGACGAAUUGUGUGAAGUGUCGAUGCGGAGAUGAUCUCUCGCUUGUCUCGGCCGAUCAAUUCGGCAGCUAUAUCGAGAUUCCUGGUGGAAAUAUUAGAGUACCUUUGGGAUUUGUGGGAGUGCUGGCUCCUUUACUUCGAGAUCUACCUAGUUGUUGCGUCAAAUAUUGUAAACCAGUUAAUCGCAUUCGGUGGGGUACGGUGAGCCAUAAGAGUCCACGAGCUAUCGUGAAAUGCAUUGAUGGUGAAGAGUUUCCUGCUGAUUACGUGAUCAUAACCGUUUCACUUGGCGUCCUAAAAAGUCAGCACGCAAGGUUGUUCCUGCCAGGAUUACCCGCUGAAAAAGUCGAGGCGAUCAACAAGCUUGGAUAUGGAUACGUUAAUAAGAUCUUCUUGGAAUAUGCGAGACCGUUCUGGGUCUGGCGAGAGGGUACGAUCAAAUUGGCUUGGUCCGCUGAAGAACUGGCGGAUAGAUGCGAUUGGGUGAAAGGUGUGGCAAAUGUGGAGGAAUUGCCCAAUUCUCACCAUGUGCUAUGCGCCUGGGUGUGCGGCCAUGAAGCGAUGGACAUGGAACAGUGUCCUGACGAGGAGGUAGUGGAAUCAAUGACGACAGUUCUUCGUCGAUUCACUGGUGACCCGACACUUCCUUACCCAGCCAACAUUCUCAGGAGCAAGUGGUGCAUGGACCAAUACUUUGCCGGAGCCUACAGUUACAUGGCAAUGAACAGCACCGUUGGUCACCAGUGUGAUCUGGCUAGUCCAUUACCGGACUCUUGUGAAGCGAUACCACCAAUACUUUUAUUCGCGGGUGAAGCUACUAUUCCGGGACAUUACAGCACAGUACAUGGUGCAAGGCUCAGUGGUAUUCGUGAGGCGGAAAGAAUAAUUCAUUUAACAAAACGGUACAACGGCCCGCCAAAAAAGAUGCUCGCUAAACCAUGAUCCAAUUACGGCCAAAAUAUAAAAAAUAAAACAAUGCGGGCAAGUUUUGUUGUGUGAUAUAUACACACAUACUGCAAAAUUCUUUAUUUCGUGCAAAAAGGAGUCAAAUGAGCAUUAUUUUAUUAAUCGAUAAUUUGAGAUGAGAUCCCUAAACUAAACAAUUACCUACACAUCAUGUAUUACAAUAUAAGAUUAAUUAAACAAAGCAAUACAAGACUGCAACACAUUA